CUUUCCCCAAAGGUCAGGAACAAGGUCGGAGACGUAUUCUGCGACGAAUCAGGACUCGACACGGCUCCGAGGGAGGCGUUUAAUGAGGGAAAGGGACCAGAGACAAGACAUCCAAUGCGGAGAAAAAAUGCCUAAAUAGGUAGUUCCCGAGGGAUGAUCGGUACCCCGCAAGUUUCACAAGGAGGUCGGUCCGGGUUGACGGCGAAAUCUCUCUCGACAAAAUCAAUCUUUCUAAAUGAACAUAUAAAUCUAACAAUUCAGUGUAUAACCCGAUCAUUCUGAUCAUCUCGCUUUUUUCCCUCGUCAUUAUGGGCCGCAAAUAUCGUAACCCGCUCACCAACCCGCUUCACUAUGCCACGCCGCAACUACACAGCGGACCUCCAGUCACCUACGCAGCCGCCCAACGAGGUCUUACUAGCUAUGACUAUGUAAUUAUCGGCGCCGGCGCAGCGGGCUGUGUCCUGGCCAACAAACUGUCCGAAGACAAAAACGUCUCAGUCCUCCUCCUCGAAGCCGGCGGCGACAACACCAAAGUGUUCGAAUCCAAAGUCCCGAUCCUGUUCUCCAAACUGUUCCACACCAAACAUGACUGGGACUACUACACCGUCGAACAGCCCCAACUCGCCAACCGCGCCCUCUACUGGCCGCGAGGCAAAAUUCUCGGAGGCUCUUCCUCCAUGAAUGCAAUGAUGUACCACCACUGCUCCAAAUCCGACUUUGACGAAUGGGCCGCUACACAUGGCUGCGAGGGCUGGAGUUAUUCAGAUCUGGCCCCGUUCCUCCGCGGCAUGGAGCGCUUCACUCCCCACCCGGGGCGGCCCGCGAUCGACCCCCAGCAUCGCGGGUCCACCGGACAAUGGCACACGGGUUAUUCGUGGUUAACUGAGAUUGUCGAGAAGGGAUUCUUGCCGGCUUGUCAUGACGUGCAGAUCCCGGCUAUCGAGGAUGUGAAUACUCACCAGGGGGGUCUGGGCGUGACUCGGUUCCAGACUUUUAUCGACACAAAGGGUCAGCGCUCGUCGUUAGCCACGGCUUUCCUCACGCCGGAGGUAUUGGCACGGCCGAAUUUGUACGUUGCGUGUAAUGUCCGGGUGACCCGUGUGCUGUUUGAUCAACUCACGACCAAGGAGCCGACGGCCAUUGGAGUCGAGUUCCAGACUAGUCGGGGUGGUGAGCGCUUCGAAGUUCAUGCGCGACGCGAGGUCAUUCUCUCCGGCGGAGCAGUCAAUACACCGCAGACGCUCUUGCUGAGCGGUAUCGGUCCCGCAGAGACACUGAAAGCUUAUGGGAUCCCAAUUAUCAGAGCGAACGAGGCAGUCGGGCGCAAUCUGAAAGACCAUCUAUGCACGACGCCCGUCAUCGUCAAGGCCAAGGACGGCGUCACACUGGACUACCUAGGCAGCGAUAUCAAGGCCCUUCCCGCAUUAGCACGCUGGUUAUUGACCGGUGGCGGUCCACUUUCCAGCAAUGUCGGCGAGGCAGCCGCCUUUAUUCGAUCAACGGACUACAACUUCCCCCAAACGGUGAAUGCUCCGAACGAUUUCACCUCUGGUAACAACGCACCCGAUCUCGAGCUCAUCGGUGCCCCGCUAGCAUUUAUCCACCACGGUGAAGAGAAACCAAUCGAUAAUAGCAGCGUCUUCAGCAUCGUCCCAAUCGGUCUUCGCCCACAGAGCCACGGCACAGUCUCAAUCAAAAGCCGGGAUGUCUUUGAUGCACCCAUAAUCGACCCCAAAUACCUCACCGACAAAAACGACAACGACCGCAACGUCCUUCUAGUCGGCCUCCGCGUCUGCCUAAAACUCCUCCAGAGCCCCGCCUUCAAAAAAUACUUCGAGCCUAUCCCCGCAAACGACGACCCGGCUUCAUACUGGUGGCCCUACUCCAGCAGCGAUGUCGACAAAAUCACCGACGAGCAACUCCUCCGCUUCAUGGAUGAAAAGGCGUUUACCUUGUACCACCCUGUAGGCUCGGCGCGCAUGGGCCCGUCACCAGCCACGAGUGUGGUUGAUCUCGAAUGUCAGGUGCAUGGUGUCAAGUGUCUGCGUGUGAUGGACGCGAGUGUGUUCCCCGAACAGAUUAGUGGACAUCCGACGGCGCCUAUUGCUGCGAUGGCGGCGAAGUUGAGUAAGAUGAUUAUCGAGGGGAGUUCGGCUGGGAGUCCUAUUGGGGCGAAUUUGUGAGAGGGUUACGUGGAGGUAGGGAUUUUCGAGUAGCGAAGAUGUUAUUGAUUGAUAUAGUUGAUAUCUCGAGUAUGUACUGUAUAGUGAAGUCGAUUAUAAUGUGACUUGAAAUUGUUCUGUGCUGUUGAUCGUAACUUAAGAGAGCAGUGAUCAGAGUGCCGAGUACACAGGACAUCACCGAUAGGCAUCAAGUCUGCAAAGUUAGCCAGCUUGCAUCCUUAAAACAAGGAAACGCGCAAUCAAAAGGAUCUUUCCUUACAUCCCAUGGCGUAAUAAAAAGAAGCAAAUUCAUGCAAAGGACCGAUCACAUCAAUAAAGCCUGUGCUUGCAUCAUGAUAUGUUGGGGGCCAUUACGAAAAGAUCAAGCCAGGUGGCUUCGACAGACGACUUCAGGACCCCGUUCGGAUACAUGGAUUUGGCUGCAGGGGGGCAGGGGGAACCAUAGAUACUGGACAGAGCUCUUCCAUAAGGACGAAUGCGAGGGAAGGAGGGUUACAAAGCUCUAACAAGAUGGAGAGUGAUGAUUAUUCAACUGAAUCGUUGAAAUGGUGUGAAUAUUAUUUCUAUUUGCUAAUGUUUAGAUUAGCAGCAGACCCACGGGUCAAGAGAGAGCCCCGAAUGUUGAAAAACAAAACAAGAAGCAACAGGGACUCUCUCCGACCCGUACCCACCCGGACUCCGAGGAUUGAUGCCCCGCACGCAGGGUCAGUCACAGUCGGGGGGGCUGGUCGAGUGGUGAAAAGGUGGUAUGGUUGUUGAAGACUUUCGCUCCGCAAAAACGCCAAAAACUUCCCGUUCCCAGCCGAUGAAUAGUGGUAUCAUGUUGAAUUUUGUCUUCGCCGUAAGGCCCGUCUGUUGGGGCGACCAUGCAGGAUAAUGAAACAAGGAAAUAGGAAAAGAAGAAGAACAAAGGGUUGGCCUUUCCAUCACCUGGAAAGAACCAAACUUUUUGUCACAAGAAAGGUUUGUGUGGUUUUAUAAGAAAGGUCUAUGCACGUGCUUCGAGUUGUUGAAAACAAAGCAUACUCAUCACAGUCGUCACAAUGCUCUCCGAGGUCACCAAAAGGAGACCUGCUUAGAACUUGAGGGCCUUGGGCUUCUCCCAGGAGAAGCUCUGGUUGGUGAAGUGACCGUUCUUGGCGGUCUGGAUGUAGAUGGGCUUGGCCAGAUCAAGGUCCUUGACGAUCACACCGGGGCGGAGAUCGAAGUUGUUGCGGAUGAUCUCGACCAGCUCGUCGGAGGUCUUGGGGCUAGUGCCGUAGGUCUCAACGAAGAUGGAGAGGGGCUCAGCGACACCGAUGGCGUAGGAGAGCUGAACAAGGGCACGGCGGGCAAGGCCGGCGUUGACCAGGGACUUGGCGAUCCAGCGCGCAACGUAGGCGGCCGAGCGGUCGACCUUGGAGUAGUCCUUGCCGGAGAAGGCACCACCACCGUGGGCACCCCAGCCACCGUAGGUGUCGACGAUGAUCUUACGGCCAGUGAGACCGGCGUCACCCUGGGGACCACCGAUGACGAAGCGGCCAGAGGGCUGCAUGUGGUAGACGGUACGGUCAUCGAGCAGCUCAGCGGGGAUGACCUUGCGGACAAUCUUCUCCUUGAGGACAGUGCGGAGCUCCUCGGUGGAGACAUCGUCAGUGUGCUGGGCAGAGAUGACGACGGUGUCAACGCGCAGAGGCUUGACGGCACCGUUGUCGUGGGCGUACUCAAUGGUCACCUGGGUCUUGGUGUCGGGGAGCAACCAGGGGAUGGAGCCGUCGUUACGGGCGGCCUUCAUGGCAGAGUUGAGCUUGUGAGAGAGCAGGAUGGUGAGGGGGAGAAGCUCGGGGGUCUCGUCGGUGGCAUAACCGAACAUGAUACCCUGGUCACCAGCACCGAGCUUCUCCAGAGCCUCGUCGUAGUGGAGACCCUGGGCGAUAUCGGGAGACUGCUGCUCAAUGGCAACGAGGACGUUGCAGGUCUUGUAAUCGAAACCCUUCUCGGAGGCAUCGUAACCGAUGUCCUUGAUGGCGUUACGGAUGACCUUCUGGUAGUCCAGCUGGGCCUUGGUGGUGAUCUCACCGAAGACCAUGAUCAUACCUGGAGGCAAUGCAUGUCAGAUUUGAUGGGGGCCAAUUCGGGUUUCGGGAGAGGGGCCAGGGAAGUAAGACGGAUUCCCGAGAUGUCCCCGACGGGCAGAGAGGGAAAAAAAAAAAAUAACUUACCAGUCUUGGUGGCAGUCUCGCAAGCAACCUUGGAGAGGGGGUCCUCAGCCAAGCAGGCAUCGAGGAUGGCAUCGGAAACCUGAUCGCUAUAUA